AUGCCCGAUGUGAGGGGCGAGGGCGCGCGCCGGCAAGGCGGGCCGCCCGGCGGCGCGAUGGGGCCAGCUAAGGGCAGCGCACAGGGCACCGCGGCCAAGACGGCGGCUGGCGCGCUGCCGGCCAAGGCCGAGGAGGGCGCGGCGACGGGCCCCGCCCGAUCGGCGAAGGCCAGCGUUGACGUGAAGAAGGCCGGCGACGCCGAGGUCGGCGCCAACGCCGGGCAAGGUCAGCCAGACGUCGAGGAGGACGAGGACGAGGACGAGGAAGACGAGGUGGCGCCUGAAGCGCAGCCUUCGUUUCCGCGCAACGAGGUCGAUAAGGCAGUUUCUAACGUUCGGUUGCGGGCCGUGCACGUGUACGGCCUCGACUUCCUGAAGACAGGGCACAUGGACGAGAUAUUCAGCCAGUUCAAGCAUAAGUGGAUCGAGUGGAUCAACGAUUCCUCUGCGAAUAUUGUAUUCGGGGACGAGGCCGGCGCGAAGAAGGCCCUGGAGUCGCUGUCGUUCCCGAAGGCCAGCGCGCGCGCUCGCGGGAGCUGA